CCGAGACAAAGGAGCGCCGUGUCCGCGUCCACCUCGUCCGCCUCGCUCGCCGGGCCGCGGCCGCCCAGGGACGCUGCCAGAAUGUCAGGGAUCGCGCUCAGCAGACUUGCCCAGGAGAGGAAGGAAAGCCCCUUUGGCUUCGUGGCCGUUCCCACCAAAAACCCUGACGGUACCAUGAACCUCAUGAACUGGGAGUGCGCCAUUCCGGGGAAGAAAGGGACUCCGUGGGAAGGCGGCUUGUUCAAGCUUCGGAUGCUCUUCAAAGACGAUUACCCAUCCUCCCCACCGAAGUGUAAAUUUGAGCCGCCGCUCUUCCACCCGAAUGUGUACCCCUCGGGCACAGUGUGCCUGUCCAUCCUGGAAGAGGACAAGGACUGGAGGCCAGCCAUCACGAUCAAGCAGAUCCUCCUAGGGAUUCAGGAGCUGCUGAACGAACCAAAUAUCCAAGACCCCGCUCAAGCAGAGGCCUACACGAUUUACUGCCAAAACAGAGUGGAGUAUGAGAAGAGGGUUCGAGCACAGGUCAAGAAGUUCUCACCCUCCUAAGCAGCGCCUUGGCAGCAGCAAGGAAGGGAUUGGUUUGGCAGGAACUGGUUUACAACACUUGGCAAACUCACAUCGCUCUGUACAAUUCGUGGUCUGGGGGCGCCAUCCCCAUCUCCGCCACGCACCCUCCUCGCCCGGUUCACACACAGGGUCUCUUCCUUCCAUCUUUUGUAUUUUUGAUUGUUCUGUACAAUUCGCUUUUAUUUUAAUAUUGAUGUCAGUAUUUCCACUGCUGUAAGGUUAUAAACUUUCCUCGGGGGUGCGCGCGGACGCAGGCAUGCUCCCCAGGCAGGGCCAAGAGGGCUCCAGGCCCCAGAAGCCCACCCCCCACCCCUGCUCUUCUCUGCACAUCUGGGUUACGUUGCUUCCAGCCUCAGAUCCAAUCGCCAGCAUCUCCCUUCCGCAUCACUUCCUGUGUUUAUAUGGCGUUUUGUCUGUGUUGCUGUUUAGAGUAAAUAAACUGUUUAUAUAAAAAAAAAAAGAA